UCGAGAUAUCGACGCAUGGCACAUGUCGGUGUUGUCGCGACUGACUGGUCCUUUCCGAUACGAGGUGUACGCUAAAGUUGUCAAAAUGUUGAUGCCAAAAAAGAAUCGUGUAGCUAUCUACGAAUACCUUUUCAAGGAAGGAGUUAUGGUAGCGAAGAAAGAUUAUCAUGCGUCAAAACAUCCGGAGCUAGAAAAUAUUCCCAAUCUUCAAGUUAUUAAGGCUAUGCAGUCUUUAAAAUCCAGAGGAUACGUGAAGGAACAAUUCGCUUGGAGGCAUUUCUACUGGUACCUUACAAAUGAUGGUAUUGAAUAUUUGCGUGGAUACCUGCAUCUACCGCCUGAAAUCGUGCCCUCGACUCUCAAGAAACAACCGAGGUCUGAAACCACGAGACCGAGACCUGCCGCGACCAGGAGCGAAGGUUCGAGACCAACGGAGGAUCGCGCGGGAUACAGGCGAGGUCCAGGUGGUCCUCCAGGCGCCGGUGACAAGAAGGCUGAUGUAGGCGCAGGUACCGGUGACCUCGAAUUCCGUGGUGGCUUCGGUCGUGGAAAAGCUCUUCAAUAGCUUUCUUUUUAUAUAUAUAAUGAAUCUAAAUAAAUAUUCUAAAAUAUA